AGUUCUAAUGUUUAAUUCUGUUUAGUACUAUUAGUUCCAGUUUAUUUUAGCAUUAUUUAUUUAUAUCUACAUUUGGGGUGUUAUUAUAAUUAUAAUGCAAUAGCUCGUUUUAAUGGUGAUUAUCAAAUCUUUUGGGACUAAAAGUUAGACAGAGAUCUAGGGUGGAUAAAGAUUCUCUUUCUAGAUAAAAUAAAGUUUGAUAGAGAUGGAUAAGUAUUUAUAUCUUGGUUAACAACUACUUGGGUUAUGUAAAACCGCCAGUGCGCCUUCUUUGUUCGCUUUUGUUUUUUCAUCCAUUUCUUCUUGCUAGCUACCAUUUUUUCAGAACAGCCACAAUAUCCCACAGAAAUAUUUGAUCAAGCAUGGCAGAGACAAACAUGGCAUCUUGCUUUCGUUGCAAAGCAUGCAAUAACAAGAAUGUGAUGAGCCAACACUACACACGUAGGGAUGUUAGGACAGCCUUGUUCAAGAAAGUGGUCGAUGUUCAAACUGCAGAUCCCAAAGAUAAUUGGUAGAGGAAAGGCUGUACAUUGGCAAAUGUGUUUUGUGGUACUCACAACUGUAACAAAGCAUUGGGCUUUAGAAUUGUUUCAGCACCCUACCGAAAAUUGAUGGAAGGAAGAGUUGUACUCAGUCUGUAAGUAUUUCGUAGAACCGAUAUACUGUAUAGUGCAACUGCAAUAAAAUUAUAAUUGAUUCAAGAGUCUGGAUGAUUGAUCAAGGGACCGUGUAGGCGUGUACUGUAUUGGAAUGGGAAAAAGCACAAUAAUCCACAUCUCGUGCAUCCAGAGAACAGAUUCUUGUUUGAGUUUGAUGAAACUGUAGUUCGUCAUUUCUAUGUCUGCCGUAAAUGCUUUACACACAUUGCCAACAACAAAGAAUUCAUGGGCAAAGAAACUGCUUUUCUCUUUCUUUCUCUCUGUUUAUGUUUGUUUGUCUUCAUACUAUAAUUAGCAGCGCCCUAAAAAUAUAAGAAUCUAACUAUUACUUUUCAAUCUAUUCUCAGAUAAAUAACCUAGGCUGGUUCAAAGAUGUGUGAGAUAGUCUUCAUCCCAAGCCGCAUUGGGUUGAAUUUCAGUUGGUUUACUUACCAUUUGAUUGAUCUUUUUUCCUGACAUGUAGUUGUAACUUAUUACACAAUAGCUCGGAACCUCACUGUGAGAAUGUUGUGAGUGGUGGGACACUGAGAAAUGAAUACUAUGCCAAUUGCUUCUCACAUUUGGGCCGAAAAAUUGCAAGUUCUUUCAACAUUGUUUGUACGUAAGAUCAGAACUUCUAACUUCUAAUCAAAUACUACAAUUUUU